UUUGUUUGUUUAGACUCAGCACAGUGACAAACAGCACUUUUUUCUGCGAGGGAACCCCUUUCCCUGUGUGUUGACCUCAGCUUUGAGAGUUAAAUUCACAGCUACCAGGCUCUGCAGAUGCUCCUGUGUGUAGAUGCAGAGGUACAUGCACCAGGCCUGAGGCUCCAAAGGUUGCAUCUGUGUCUCAAACCCUCCUGUUCUGUUGUGGGGUUCGGGUGUCAUAGAAGGGCAUAGAUGCCCCCAAGAGGAAGGCUGGUGGACAGCUCCUUGGGGCCAUAUUGUCAACACUGGCAGAGAAGGGAACCCAGGCCACAGGCUGAGCCAGCGAGGGGGCCCCAAAGUGCCACUCACUUUUACCAUCUCACUCCAAGGGGCAGUUGGGGAUGUCUGUCCAUUUGCUCCCAAGACUUAACUGAUGCUUUUAGGGCCCCAGGGUGCGCUGGAGGAGCUGCUGACUGUGAAUCCCCUCUUUGCCUGGUCUGUAGCUUAGCACAGGCCUUCCCCAAGGGGUGGGAGCCUCUCCUUGGGCCUCCCACAUCAAGAGAUCCUCAUCUUUCUUUUGGGGAGUGGGAGAGAGGGAGAGAGGUUAUUGCUGGCCAUGCAAAGAAAGCAUAUAGUGACUCUUAAAAUCUUCGGGAAAGAGGGCUAUUUCUUCCCUGUAUUCAGUGGCUUGCCAGGGGCCCAUCAUCUCUCCUCCCCAGGAAGGAGGAAGAGAUUCCUCGGGCUUUUUCUGCAGAAGGGGGGAGGGGUGGAGGGGACAGUGGUGUAGGGACAGGGGCUACUCCUGUCCUGGUCCUCUGGAGUUUUUGCAUCAAUUAAAGCAAAUAAUGCUCUGUUUUCCACCAGGCCCAGACCAGCCAUUGGCCGAGGCCAGUCCCGUGACCAUGAAUUCCCUGCAAUUUUGCUGGAGUCCUGGGUUUAAUAGAGAGUCCCCACACGCUUGUAUUUAUCAGCAAUAUAUAAUUAUAAAGACCCAAAAUUAAAAAAAGAGAGAGCAAGAGAGCAAAAUCUCCCUCUUCCAAAAUCGCUCCAUUGCAGAAACCUGGGGGGGGGCAGGAGGGGGGCCCUUCUGAUCCUCCCUCCUGACGUCCCCCCCCAGCAGCCCCCUCCCCCACCAUUGAAAGCCAUGAAUUUUGAAUUUGAGAGGGAGAUUGGUUUUAUAAACAGCCAGCCAUCGCUUGCCGAGUGUCUGACUUCCUUCCCCGCUGUCUUGGAGACAUUUCAAACUUCAUCAAUCAAGGAGUCGACAUUAAUUCCUCCUCCUCCUCCUUUCGAGCAAACCUUCCCCAGCCUCCAGCCUGGCACCGCCACCCUUCAGAGACCCGGGAGUCAAAAGCGAGCCGAAGAUGGGCCUGCUCGACCACCACCUCCGCCGCCGGUCCCCACCGCCCCACCGGCUCCUGAGUUCCCCUGGAUGAAAGAGAAGAAAUCUGCCAAGAAACCCAGCCAGUCCGCCUCGUCUCUGGCCCCGGCCGCUGCUUCUGUCCAGGCCUCUGGGAUCGGCUCGCCCGCAGAUGGGCCGGGACUGCCGGAGGCCGGCGGCGGGGCGCGCAGGUUGCGCACGGCGUACACCAACACGCAGCUGCUGGAGCUGGAGAAGGAAUUCCACUUUAACAAGUACCUGUGCAGGCCGCGCCGCGUCGAGAUCGCGGCCCUGCUGGACCUCACCGAAAGGCAAGUCAAAGUCUGGUUCCAGAACCGGCGCAUGAAGCACAAGCGACAGACGCAGCACCGGGAGCCGCCCGAAGGGGAGCCCUCCUGCCUGGGCGUGCGGGAGGACGCCGGCGACUACGCCGAGGACCCCGAAUCCAGCCCGGGUGACCCCUCAGCCUCCGACUCCGCCUCCAAGGGGGCGCGGGACGCCUGCUUGAGCUUGGCCCAGAUCGCGCGGGGACUCCCGGGGGUGCCGGGCCCCGGACCCCUGGCUGCUCCCGCGGAGGCUGCGGGUGCGCCGAGCCCCGAGUGCGCGCUGCGCGGAGCCGCCGGGCUGGAGGCCGAGCCCUCGCCCGAAGACGCCUUCCCCGAGCUCCAGGACUCGCCUUUCCUGCCGGACCUCAGCUUCUUGGCCGCGGACUCCAGUCUCCAGCUGUCCGGCGGAGGCCUCUCUCCCACCCUGCAGGGCUCGCUGCAUGGCCCGAUCCUUUUCUCCGAGGAGGAGCUGGACUUGGUCACCAGCUCGCUGUGCGCCAUCGACGUGCAGUUUCCCUGACCCGCGGUCUCCUGGCCUUCCUGGCCCCCACUCCGUGCCGGCUGUGGGGAGAAUCGAGCCUCCUCCGCUCCCACUCGCAUUUACUUAUGUUUUUCCUAAAAAUCCAGGUAUUACUGAAUUAGCUUUCCAUCCAUUCCCCUGCCUCUUUGUUUUUAAAUCACGCACGAAAAUUCCGUUUGGUGGACCCUUUCCAACGAAAUCUCAGGAAUAAUGAAAUUUGGGGGGUGGGUUUUCUUAAAAAAGAGCUAGAGGGACUUAUUUUCCUUUUUAAGUUUUAGGCCGUAGAUUAUUUAUUAAAAAUUCUUUAAUAAUAGGAAAAGGGGAAAGUAUUUAUCGUACAUUAUUUUCAUAGGUUAAAUAAAUGUCUUUAUAAUACGAAAA